UGCCUGGCACUUCGUAAACAAAACGGUGGGGUGAAGGGUGGUCGAAAGGUUGGGCAAACAACAAAAAACGAAAGAAAUUUUUUCACAAGCCACAGCGGACACAAUCAAUCAAGCAGCAGCAAGCACAAAAUAACAAAAAACUUGAAACAUUUUCUGUUACUUCUUUUCGAUUGGAAAACGUAGAAAACGCUUAUUAAAAUGCUUUAAUUUCGACACAAAAAGACAACAAUACCCAAACGGAAUUUCCCAUGCAUCAAUAUACGCUAGCAAUGAGUGAAGAGCUCGAAUUAAAUCAUCUGCAAAAUGAUGCUGAUGCUGCAAUUGGUGCGGAUGGCGGUGGAGGCGAUGUUAUCGGUGUUGGUAUUGGCGGUCCAGAAAUAGUUCCCACAACCAGCAGUAGCAAUUCCAAAGCUGAGUAUUUUAUACAACAAUUAAAUUCGAAUAAUUUCAAGAAGUUGGCCCUAUGUAUGGUCCUGGGUUUUAUUGUUUAUCACGGCAUACUCAAUUGGCAAUAUGGAAGUGAUUCCUGCCAGUGGCUCCUGUCGAAGGGACGUUUUAAGGGCAACAAUGAGUGGCAGCCCUACGGCUGUAUGGUACAUAAGUAUAGUCAAACAGACACCCGACGAUGUUUACGUUAUCUCGCAUUUUGGGGCUAUAAAAAUCAUUUUAUAUUCAUUGGCGAUUAUUCGGUGCACGAGGUCUAUAAAGAGUUCAUAAAUCAUUUGCAUCCAACGGACGAUGCCAAUGAUUCGCAGCUACAACAAACACCUGCCGAUACAGAAUUUGAUGAUAGCAAAUUGAAAAUGCGUGUCACCUAUAUUUAUGCCAACGAAGUGUCUGAGGCUUUGCUGGAGACCCUAUCGAAACUGCAAGAUACCAAAGAGGUGCGUGCCGUUUUCAUUGUGGGUUUUACAUAUCGGAACUUUUUAAAAGGCAAUGUCACCGAUGAUUUGCUGAAACAAUAUCAAACGAAUUUAACACGACUCGUUAUGCCAUUCGAUCAAUUGGUGGCCGGAAAAUCAACAGUGCUGUGGAAACUACAGGAUCGUGUCAAUGAAGAGAAAUUAAUCGAUUCAUGGAAAUUGAUUAAAAAUGAAGAUAUCGAUCGUUUAAAUCGUAUUGCACGCAGUGUUUUUCGUUAUACAGAUGCCACGGUGUGGGAAGCGGCAUGGCAAAUAUCAAAUGGUUUGGUGGACACCGCCAUUGAUGGGUAUAAACUGUGUACACUGGGUCUGAAACAUUAUACCCAGCUGUUGCUGAACAUGUACUGUAACGAUAACAUGAACUAUAAUGAUGGCAGUUGCUGCAGCAGUGCUGAGCCGUAUACCGUAUUGCAAAUUGUUACCUAUGCUGUGUUUGGAGUAUGCAUUGUUUUGGUGUGCGGCAUAUUCUUACGGCGCUGGUUAUUGCACUUGCGUGGCCAUACCCUCUACACACCGCUGAGGUCAGAACGGCCUGGCCUACAUGUAGCUCCGGCAACUACAACACCCAACGCCAAUAUGGCCAACGGAGGAUUGGCGUCUACGGGCUCUACACUCACCCUUACCCGCAUCGAUUAUUCAACACCCAUUGUGGCCAUGGCCAUGUUGGGCAUCAUCAUGGCCUAUUUUUAUCUAUGUGAUCGCACAAAUUUCUUUAUGAAAGAAAACAAAUACUAUUCCGAGUUUAGUUUUUGGAUACCCGUAGGUUAUGUUUUUGCCUUGGGUCUAUUUUUUACCGAGGAUUCCCGAUUUACCAAGGUCCUUAAUCGUGAUCAAUCGGAUGAGCUAAAGGGCUGGAUAUUGUUGGUGGUGCUUAUUUAUUAUAUGACUGGUGCUGAUCGGGUGUUACCCAUACACAUGCACAUUAAGUUGCUGUUGAGUGGUUACCUCUUUCACACUGGCUACACACAUUUCUCGUAUAUGUGGCAGACGGGCAACUCGGGUUAUGUUCGAUUUUUCCAGGUUAUGUUCCGUUUGAAUUUCAUGACAGUCAUUCUGUGCUUUUGCAUGAACCGUCCAUAUCAGUUUUAUUAUUUUGUGCCAUUGCUAUCGUUUUGGAUGUGUGUGAUAUAUUUUUUACUCUCGCUGCCGCCGCGCAUUACGGCCAGCACCGUGGAGGCGAAUCCCUUGCAUUAUUUAUAUUUAGUUGGGAAAUUUGUGGGCUGUUUCAGUGUGGUCACCAUACUCUUUAUGUCGGAGGUGUUUUUUGAGCGUAUCUUUGUGACACGGCCCUGGAAGGCUUUGUUUGUGACCACCGACGAUGACAUACACGAUUGGUGGUAUCAAUGGAAACUGGAUCGUUAUACGGUCAUGUUUGGCAUGAUCUUUGCCGCUUGUUUUCACAUUGCUCAAAAGUACAGCAUUUUCGAUGACAACAAUCAUGGCAAUCUCUUUGCCAGGCGUACCUCGAUAACGGUCACCCUCUUGGCUGUGCUUGGUGUGGGUUUCUAUACGGCAUUUUCAUUCCUUUGCCGCAAUGAACAGAACUGUGAGGAAAUACAUUCGUAUAUUGUUUUUAUACCGAUUAUUGGUUAUAUUAUAUUGCGGAAUAUAUCGGGCAUAUUGCGUACCAGAUAUUCAACAUUUUUCGCCUGGUUCGGGCGCAUAUCUCUGGAGCUGUUCAUAUGUCAAUAUCAUAUAUGGCUGGCAGCUGAUCGUCAUGGUGUUUUGGUUUUGCUGCCAGGAUUUCCAACACUUAAUAUGAUUAUUACAUCGUUUAUUUUUGUGUGUGCCUCGCACGAGGUACAUCGUAUUACACAAAUCUUACUGCCAUUUGCAGUACCCAAUGACUGGAAAUUAGUUACACGUAAUUUUAUAAUAUUUCUAAUAUUACUAAUACCCAUAGCUCAUUCCGAUGGUAUGUUCUAGAGUGGUGGUUAAGGGGGACCCCUGGGGGGAAGGGGAAGAUAUAGUGUCGCCAUUAGUGUAGUAGGAUGGGGGUUAGUUUUAUAGAGUAGUUACAGUAAUCUGUCUCUAUGGUUGAUGGGUUGAGAAGAGAGAGAGUGAGAGAGAGAGAGAGUAGGGAGUAGAGAGAAGAGAGAUUGGGUCAGUUUUUCUUAUUAUUUCCUUCAGCUAGAUAACACAAAAAUAAAUAUUAUUACAAAUAAUAAUUAUACAAAACAAAUCUAAACAUACACAUCUCUUAAACUAGACAAUUAAAAACAAAUCUAUUACAAAAACACAAGAAAAAUAACUCUGCUUAAACGUUUAUUAGAAACGAUUUGUAAUUGAAAAACAAAAAAAUGAGAAUAUCUAUGAAAUGAAACUAAGCCUAACAAGUCAAUUUUAAGUAUUUUUUAUUAGUAAGUUCUAAACUGCUAUAUUAUAGACUAUGUAAAGAAACAAACACACACAAAGGAACUAUGUAUUUAUUUUGUUUUUCAAAUAAUUUUUAUUUAGCAAAGAAACAUAAAACAUGGCCAUAAGGAAUUUAAAGACGAAAAUCAAAUUCAUAAAAUUAAAGCUAAGCUUCUGGGAGCGCGUUAAAGAAAAAUUAAUUAAAUUAAAGCUGAGCUUCUGGGAGUCCAUCAAAGGAAAAAAUGGAAUUUACAAUCCGUCUUUAUACCCUACACCACAUAGUGGUAAGGGCAUUAUGUCUUUGUGCAUUUGUUUGUAACAUGGAGAAGGAAGCGAGAUAGACCCAUAGUUAUUUUUGAGGAUCUCCAUGGAAUCACUUUCUGAGUUGAUUUAUCCAUGCCAGUCAGUCCGUCCGUCUGUCCCUGUAUUCUUGUGAACAAAAUGCAGGUCGCAUUUAUUAUCCGAUUGAGAUGAAAUUUUGCACAAAUCAUUUGUUUGGCCCAAGGACGAACCCUAUUGAAAUUGGAGAUAAUCGGUAAACAUUUAGAUUUAGCUCCCAUAUAUAUCUUCGUCCGAUUUGCCUUUUAUUGUGCACUAAACGUGUUAUAUCAACCCGAAUAGUAUGGAAUUUUGCACAUACAACCAAAUUAGGCCUGAAAAUAAGUAUGCCAAAUGAUUGAUCGAAAUCGGUUCAGAUAUAGCUAUAGCUCCCAUAUAUAUUGUUCAUCCGAUUUGUUAUUUAUGUCCUCCGCAGCCGUAAUAUGCACUCCGUAACAACAAUAUUUGGGGAAAUAUAUCAAAUGCAGCUCAGAAAGACCUUUAUCUGAUUUCAAAUUAAUUGUGCUCCAAAUCGGCAAUACAAGUCCGAAUUUAAAAGAUACAAAUGUUUCGGCAUAUUUAGUCCUAUGAACUUUAAAUUACAAUUAUAAUCAUAGCGUGUAUGAUUAAAUUCUCCCAUCAAAUCUUUAAAUUGUUAUGUGGAGCUCUACUAAAUUAGCAAAGUGGUGUAGAGUAUCAUAAAGUCGGCCCCGCCCGUCUUUAGGACUUUCUUUACUGAUUUUUUGUCAUGAAAAUUUGUAUUCCCAAAAUGUAAUACCCCACAUUUCUUAUGGUCAUGUCAUGGCCAUACGGAUUUUAAAGACGAAAAUCGAAUUCAAAAAUUUAAAAAAGAAAAGCUAAGUUUCGGGGAGAGCGACAAAGAAAAAAUGAUAUUCACAAUCCGACAUUUUUUAAAAAUUUAUAAAAGAAAAGUUAAGCUUCUGGGAGAGCUACAAAGAAAAAAUGGCAUUCACAAUCCGACUUUUCUGGUCAUGAACAUUAUUACUCCCAAGCUAUAAUACCCCACAUUCCUUAUGGCCAUGUUUGCAUAUAGUUUUGCUUCUAUUUGUUAUCUUUUUCUUUCCAAAAAAGAACUUAGUAAUAUGCACACUUAUUUAUUUUCGUACUUAUUAACUUAAAAUUUAAAAAAAGAAAGAUUGUUUAUUAUUUUUUAUUUCUUUGUUUUCGUUUUUUUCCUUAUAAUUUUUAUAGCUUGGCUCAAGCACAAAAGAAUCAACAACAACUAAUUAAAAUUAAAACAAACAGAAUGAAAAUGCAACAAACAAUAAAUGCAAAUUUUGAAAAUAUAUACACAAUAAAGAACGAAGAAGCUCAAAGAUCAAAUCACCAAUAACAAAAAACAA